GAGAAAACUCUUUAAGACCGAAAAAGAAAAUUGCACCUUGAGUUUCUGAUUUCCGAAAUUUCACUGGAGAAUGGAUGCAAAGGCUUUGGCGAAAUCGAAGAGAGCUCAUUCUCAGCAUCAUAGUAAGAAACAUAAUCCAUAUCAAGCAUUCAAAGCUCCUUCAGCUGGGACUAUCGGAGCGGCCUCGCCGUCCGGCAAGCAAGUUCGAGUCAAGUCCGACAGGUCUCAGGGUUCUAGCUUACUCCCCUCCAAUUGGGAUCGGUAUGAGGAAGAGUUUAACGAUUCAGGUUCUGAAAAUCUAUCCCAAGAUAACCUGAGUAAAGCAACUGAUGUUGUUUUGCCAAAGAGUAAAGGGGCAGAUUAUACUUACCUAAUUUCUGAGGCCAAGGCUCAGUCCCAAACACAGUCUUUGGACGGCUUUGCCUCCUUCGAUGAUUCUAUUAGUGAUUUCUAUCAGGGAGUGGGUUCUUUACUUUCUAUCAAAGGGCAGAGCCUAUUAUCAUGGAAUGCAGAUGAUAAUUUCAUAGGAGAGGAUAAAGCAACUUCAAGUCGUGAAUGGAAAUAUGAUUGUGGUCAAAAUGGUCACAUGCGAGGUUCCUAUGAGAGGAUUUUGGAAAUUGGAGAGGUUUUUGAAGUUGUGGAUUCAGAGGGUCGUAUUCGUUAUAUUUUAGCGUCGAAAUUGAUAAUUUGGUAUGAUGCUUGGGCAGCUGGCUACAAGCCAGGUGAUCCAUCAAAUGACCAACGGGAUACGUGGGGUAGAAUUUCACUUGACAAAUCCUGUAUCCAAUUUGGUUUCUGA